AUGCUGGCAAGAUUUUGGUGGGGGUCUAAAAAUGGAGAGAGGAAGGUGCAUUGGUUGAGUUGGGAUAAAUUGUCAAAAGCUAAAAACAGUGGCGGAUUAGGUUUCCAUGGCAUCAGUGACUUUAAUAAGAGUCUAUUGGGCAAGCAAUAUUGGAGAUUGAUGGAAUGUGAAAGUUCUCUAGUGGGAAGGGUUUUCAAAGGGAGAUAUUUUCCAAGAUCAUCAGUGGAUAAAAGCUGUAGUGGUUUCUCCCCAAGCUAUGCAUGGAGAAGCAUUCUCAGCGCAAGGGAGAUAGUUCAUAAGGGAUCGAGAUGGAGAAUAGGGGAUGGCAACCAGAUAAAAGUUUAUGAGGAUAGGUGGCUGCCUUCAAGUACUGGAUUUAAAGUUCAAUCACAUAGAAGGAUGCUCCCAGAAGAUAACAGGGUUGCGGAUCUGAUUGAUGAAGACUUAAAAAUUUGGAAGAGAGACAUAAUUUUUCAAGCCUUUGAUCACGAGGAAGCUGUCCAGAUUGUUAGCAUUCCCCUGACAAGAGGUCCUUUGAGAGACAAAAUGAUUUGGCACUUUGAAAAGUCUGGAGAGUAUACGGUUAGAUCUGCCUACCAUCUUAGUCUGCAGGUAAAAGAUUCUUUGAUGCCUGGACCGUCUAGUCCUCCUUGCAAGAAGUUGUGGCAGCAAAUAUGGAAAAUUCCAGUCCACACAAGAGUGAAGAACUUUCUCUGGAGAACUGCUAGAAACAUCCUGCCCACAAAGCAUAAUCUUCUGAAAAAAGGUAUCAGUCUCGAUCCUACUUGUUCUCUCUGCAAUAAGGAUGUGGAAUCUGUCCAACAUCUAUUCUUAGAGUGUGACUUUGCCAAGGCUGUAUGUUUUUCCUCAAUCCUAAGUUAUAGAAUCCCUUCUCAUCUGGAGUUCAAUGAUUGGCUUCUAAGCUUUCUUACUUGUGGAGACGUGUUUAGCGCGCAAGUCCUCUGCAGCCUGGUGUAUAGAAUCUGGCUAGCUCGUAACUCAAAAUUAUACCAAGCUAAGGUCUCUUUGCCAGUCUCAGUGGCGGCGGAAGCUGUGAUUAGCAUAGGGGAAUUCAACAAUUGGAACGUGGCAAACAGACGGGAAAACCUGGAUAGUAUUGCCCCAGUGCAAAGCAACAAGGAGGUCCAUUUCAUCCAUGUAGAUGCAAGUUUUUCUGUUCCUGGCACUUUGACCAUGGGAUGCAUUAUUAAAGAUCUUCAUCAUAACAUCUCCUUAUCUGCCUGCAAGAGAGAAAACGUGUCAGUUGAUGUUGCAGUUGGGGAGGCGAUGGCUAUCAGGUGGGGUCUUGAUUUGGCAACGGCGCUACGGUUGGAGAGAAUUGUGAUAAAGUCUGAUGCAAAGGUGGCUGUGGACUGUGUCAAUGAUAUUCAAAAGUGUGCAGCUUUGGAUCCAGUGGUUGUUGAUAUUAAAUCUAUGCUCUCUAGUUUUAGUUCCUCUUCUCUUUUAUUUCACAGCAGAAACUGUAAUUUUCAAGCCCAUAAUUUGGCUAAAUUAGUUUAUGUGGUAGGUUUUAAGACUUGGAUUGGGGUCUAUCCAUCUUUGGAGGACCCUCAUGGUGUUCCAGCUGCUGUUUCUUAA